UCCAUGUUUGGAACGCUGCCAAUAACAAACACUCAAGUUAAACUAGAAUAACAACGCCACAAAAACAGCAAAAUUAAGUGCAAUAAUGUUAGCAGACAUAGAUGUUUUUAUUACUAACUAUACCAUGGUCGAUCCGGAAAUCUAUCAACUAUGGAUUGAAGGCUACUCAUCUACUGAAGCAGUUACUUUACUGAAACAGAAGCCAUCUAUGGUUGGAAUCCAAAUCGAGUGGAUCACUUCGGAUGUUCUCGAUCACUACCGGACGUAUUCGCUGCUGGAACGAGUUUUGGAUAAUCCAGCUAAGCUCUCUGAACAACCAUCAUUCCAACUGACGCCACACAAUCGAUCAUUGAUAAUCGAGAAAUACUAUUCCCUGGAUGACUCGGUAGCACGUGAGAUAUUCGGCAAAAAGUUCAACGCCCGGAACCGAAAAGAUUUGGACGAAGUUGCCGAGAAGACGGGUGUUCGACUGAAGUCCUGUAGGCGACAGUUUGAUAAUGUUAAACGCAUCUUCAAAGCAGUGGAAGAGAUGCCAGGGAACACAGCACAAAACAUUCGACAACUGUUUGUUCUGCCUGAGGAGUUGGCCCAGAAAUAUGCGGCUGUAGUGUUCAUUGCCUGUAUGCGGUUCGAAACCUGCAAACGCAAGCUCCAGUAUCUCUAUUUCGGGGACUUUUUCGAAUGCUCUCAAGCCAUCAUGACGAGCUGGACUUACACGUACCAGCAUGCGGGUCCGGAUUAUUAUGACACCGAAAUGGACAAAGAGUUCUUGCUGGAUCUGAGGGAAAUCCGUUACCUGCUCGAUAAGGAGAAAGAAAUUAAAUGUCUCGUUACCAUGCGCCUCAAACCGACCAUGCUGGAGCGAACCUACCAAGAAGUGGACAGCAACUUCCGGUCCUACUGGCGCUCGAUCAUAACCAUCGCAAUCAAUCUACAUCGAACCCGGGAGCUGCGGCAACUGUUCCUGGAACUCACCGAACGGCUGAUAGAACCGUGGAAGCAAAACAACUGGCCUAAAGAGCAGGCAGCCCUGUUCUUGAAGUGCAUCACCCAGAGCGUCCUCGAUAUGGAGGUUCCUCGAGACAAUCAGGACAUCCGGUGCCUCUGGGACCGGUACAUGCAGGUCGUCACCGUGUGUCUGCUUAAAAUGUAUCACAAUUGAGGUGGUUUUUGCAAUAAGAAAAUUUGGCUUCUCACUCUCUUGGAUGGAAAUUCACCGCGAAAUAAACGCUUAAACUUUACUCAUUAAUACUUGGGGAAGUGUCAAUUUUCUUCAUUCCCAAGUCCCAGGCGAUUAUUUUAGUUUGGGUGGCAGUAAAUACAGUUAGUUCCAGCUCAAGCUGCCUGGAAAGUCGGCUAAACGCUGCUGUUUAAUUAAGAUCUAGGAGCGAGCAGGCGAAUGCUUAUGCAAAGAUUUGCGAACUUCUUGGAUUUAGCUUGAGAGAGUAAGCAAAAAAUGGCAAAGCAGCAACGUCGUAGACAUCGAGUCGUCAGCAGAUUCAUGUAGGAGGAGGCGUCGUCGUCCAGACGUCGCCGUCCAAACUGCUGGAGCCUGUCGUUUAAAGGAUGGGGUUUUUGUACUUAAAUCGUCUCCCUC